CUAACGACCGAACAAGGGGCUCGUACCCCCAAAGGCCUAAACCAAAACUAACUAAGCUUUUGUGAAAGUAUUGGAAGUUCGACUGAAGACAAAAUGAAGAGCUUUAGGACUGUUCUAUUAUGCAUUGGCACUUUAGCCGUGGUAUCUGCCGCCCCCGCCGCACAACGAGACAGCUCUGCACAGGCCUCAGAAUAUGAAUACGAUUACGAAAAUGCCCCACAGACUGCCCAAGCCCAGGAGCCACAGGAAUCAGCCAGCCAUUAUGACGCUUACAUUCAAGACGUCAAAGCCGCUGCUAGCGGAGGAAAUGGUGGCAAGAAAGGAUACAGUCAAGGCAGUGGUUUGAGGACUAUCGCUGUUGGAUCCGCCAAUCAGGCGAAGACAGCCCUUGGUAAUCAAGCGGCUGCCGGUUGGCAAGCGGCUUAUCAAGCUAAGAAUACGUUGGCCCAGUCAGCGGCACAGGCUAGCGCUACAGCGCAGGCAGCGUUGGCUGGAAAGCAAGUGAUCCUGUCUGGAUUGGAGCAGCAGGUCAGGGACGCGAAGGUGGCUCUGCAAGGAGAGGAGAUGCAGCUGCAACAGGCUAAGAGAGCUGCCCAGGCCGCCGCUCAAGCUGCCCAGCAAGCUAUGCACCAGGUGCAAGUAAUCCAAGCCGCUUUGAACGCUGCGCAAGCGACGUCUGAAAACGCUAACGAGGCAGCAUCCCAGGCCGCUGGAGAACUUGGUGCCCAGACUGCCAUGGUGGGCGCUGCCAGACAGAGACUCAGUGCCCUGCAGGAGCAGCUCCAUGGAGUCAGGAUCGACUUCGAGGCUACUCAGGCCGCGGCGAGAAAGGCUCAGGCGGCGGCACAGCAGGCCCAGGCUAACGCAGCGGCAGCGGCUGCCAAGGCUGCGGCAGCUGGUCUCGGGGGCGGUGGUCACCACCACGACGGUUCCCAAGAAGGUACGGCAUACGAGGAGUACAAGGUUGUGCCAACGGCUGAACAGAACGGCCAGGACUACUACACCCUUCAGUCGGACUACCAUCACUAGUAACAAUAAGGUUUUAGGUGAAUUUGUUCUGGAGUUUUAGAUAUUUUUUAGUUUAUUUGUGACUGUUUGAUUUGUUUAUCUUUUAUCGUAUCUUUGCCUUAUUUCACCUAUUUGGUAUCUUACACUUUCUUUUCAUGAUUCAAAUUUUAAAUUAUUUUCUUCUUCUUUUAAGUUUAUAUGUACAUAAUUUCCUUUUUCGGUUCUUACUGCUCCUUUUAAUUUUAUUUUUUCCUCUUCUUUUUUCUUUCACUUCAUUAUCUUUUUUGAUUUAACUUUAUCUUUGGUUUAACUUUCACCGGUUUCUUUAAUAUCGAACGUCAAAAUAAGCUAAGAAUCAUCUAAGUCAGAACUGUAGUUAAUUUAAUAUUAAAAUAGGAAUGCACAGUCAUCCACAGCAUCAUACACUAUUUAUUGCAUAACAUCCUAUUUUAAUAUUAAUUAAAAAUGUAGUUACUAAUAAAAUGUAAAUAAAAAAUGUAAUAAUAUUAAUAAGUUUGCGAGUCGUUGUGAUAUUUUUCUAUAUUUUUUUAAUUUUUUAUCAUCACGAUUUAUUUAUUACGUUGCGAAUCCGUAAGCCUUUGAUUCAUCGUUUGAUUGUAUAACUAAACUAGUUACACUAUUAAAGAAGGCGAAUUAAAUACAAUCGACUUCAGUAACACCACUAAUAAUAAAAUUAAGUGCGAUGUCACACCUGGAGAGGAUGCUACUUUUGUAUGAAA